AUGGCGCUUUAUCCAGGGGCAGCGACAGCAACACGGGGGAGACCCUGCGUCGGUGCCAGGAGGCAGCAGCAACAACGGGAGCAAAGGCAAAACUUUUGCUGCCCCUGUCCUCAACGCCAGUCCCUGCUACGUUUUGCUGCACUUUGUGUUGUCUGUAUUCUCUGCUUCUGCCGGAGCAAAGGCAGCAUUUCCCCAGCAGCAGCAGCGGCAACAGAAAUCUCUGUGGGCCCCUUUUCGCUCAAAACGUAUGAACGCCUUCGUUUUAUCUCGUCUCACCGUGUUCUUUCUGACAAUCAGAUAAGCCUUCAACGAAAUGCUGAAAAACAAAAAGAAGUUGGCAACGAUCCAGCAAAUUCGAUGAUAUGGACUCCUGUGUCGCUAGUGCAGCAAAGACAUGUGCUGGCAGAAACACUGCAGGAAAUCAUGAAGGCGUUCACACCUCUGCUGCAGCACUUGCCUGGGAGACUGAAGCUACAGUCAACAGAGGAGGCAGAAGCAGAAGCAGCAGCAAGUCUUCCCGAACGAUUAUCUCUAGUGGCGUCUCUGCCUAUUUGUAUUUUAUCAGCUGAUAAUUUGGAACGCACAGUAGGCUCCGGCAGUUUUGGCAAGGUGUUCCUUAUAUCAAGGCAUGCCGUUGAGGAAGGCUCUUGUAGGGAAAUAGUAGCAGGAUCAUCAGCAUUUGAACCAGAACCAACAAACACUGCAGCUAACCCACACGAAGAAGCCGUAAUGCAAAAAUAUGGAGUCAAGAUAUUCAGUGUAACACAAGAAGACCCCAUUAUACAUGCUGCAAUGGGUGGUUUUCAACAUCCUGCAGAAAAACUCAAAUCGAUACAAACAUAUCUCCGAAGUAUAGACCUGGAUGACAGGUUUCUAUGUUCAGCUCUUCAGGAGGCCUUGGGAUCAGAGUCAUCUGUAGCUCAGCUGCAGCGUCUGCAGCGGCAGGAACUGUCUGGUGCUGAGUUUGCUGCUAACUCGAGGAUCGCUGAAGCAGCAAUUAAUACACAGUUGUACGUCGAUGACUUGAAGCUGCUGGGGACAAUUCUACACAGGACCCUCGCAGCAAUUCAGACAUUGAGCCCAGCAUCGUACAGCUCUCUUGAAGAUGCACCUGCACGAGACAAGGUGCAGUUGCUUGCUGCUGUAGGGGAACAGCUCGGCUGGGGCCUUCCCGUGGGUCGGGUGUUGGUCAGGCACAGUGACGGGAGACAGCUUUGGGGGAUCCUCCUCAAACUCUACGACGGAGACAUAGACAUAAGCAUCCGCCCUACUGACGAUGGGUUCAGGUUGGAUGCAUGGAGCGAACCAACAAAAAUGACAGCUACAAGAGCAAUAGUUUGGGAACGAAAAUUAGGCCUGAAAAAUCUAGCAAGCGACAAAUACUCCCUCCUUUCUCUCUCCGCCAAAAUUGUAGCACCUUUCGUUUAUAUGCACAAUUUUUUGUCAAUCGGGCACUUUGACAUAAAACCUUCCAACAUACUCUUCAAGAAAAAUCACACAGUCAAAAUUGCUGUCACUGACUUUGGCAUGGUGGCUGCAUUUAAUCGGAAGGUUGGACUCAGAGGGACAACAGCUUUCUUGGCGCCUGAGCUGGAGAUCGAGAAGAAGCGGCGAAGCUCCUCACAACAUGACCCCUCAAGACGCUUGCAGCCAAGAGGAAAGCGACUUUUUACAGCCUCGAAAAAUAAAAAUCCGAUUCCGCUACCCUUCCGAACUCUUCCUUCCCAUGACGCAUUUGCCCUAGGGCUGACCCUUGCCACUGUUUGGUUCAUGUCUAUUGCUACCGUUCCCGAUAUGUGGGUCGGGCGGUGUCUUGAGCCUCAUCUUCAGCCUGGCGCUGCGUUCAAUUUCGAUGCCCUUAAAAGCAGCAGCGGCCCCCAGGUGUACACACCGAACGUGCGGAACGAACUGAACCGUUGCAUGGGUCCCGGAGGCAAUAUAGAGAAAUCAUAUUUGCCAAACAUGCCUCUUUUGGUCAAAACUAAAAUAAGGCAACUGGCUGAGACCAAUCACGUCAUCAGAAUAUCUGUCAGUAACGCUUUCGCAUUCAUUGCAGUGGCCAAUGCUUUGGAAGCAGUGCGAGAACGGCCAGUCACGGAGGCGCAGCAGCUGCUGCAGCAGGCAAAGGGGACGGUACUGUUGCAUCUGUCUCUCCUUAAAGCGGGAAGAAACAACAUUGAAGUAGGAACUGUAAAAGGGAAACAACAGGCCACGGAGGUACUCAGGGCGCUGCUAGAAUUUGCAACUUGGAGUCCAAUUCGGGAGGCUGUAAGAUCGUGUGUGGUAGCGAUCCCUGUUAGGACAGCUGUCCAGCUUACUGAGCUGCCUGAGGCAGCGGAAGCGGGAGAAGCGCUAGACAAGUUGCCGCAGCUGCUGCAGUGGCCGUUGCUGCAGCAGCAGGUGGAACAAAUGAAAGACAAGACCUAUGCCGACUUAGUCGAUGCGGUUUUUGGGGUAGACAUGGAUGGACUACAUACAAUAACGCAACAAGCAAUUAUAGAAAGAAAAAUGUCUGCUGUUCAUUUGUCAAUCUCGAGGGCCGCUCAAAUGUACAUACAGCAGCAGCUGGACAUCGACCCUUAUAUUCAACUCAUAGAAGAAACGCCGUCGGAAGAGGCCGUUGCAUUCAUUUUAAGAUAUGUGGGGAUUAACAGUAAAAGUCAUAUGCUGACUUACUUUAGGGACAGGGUGUUUGCCUCUUACGUUGCUUGGGCCUCCGCUGACCGUCUUAUUCGUCUGGCUGUUCGCCGCUGCGUUUCCAAGGACCCGGAUGGGGCUUCUGUACAUGCAAAGUAUACCGCAGGAGAUAUCGUGACUGUAACAGAGCAGCAGAUGCUGCAGCAGUGCACUUGGCAGAAAGUAACGCAAAUAAGUAGUGAAACUCACUACGGCUUGCCGUGGAGCGUCUCAGCAGCGCUUUUUGAUAUCGGAGCUCCGGAAGAGCAACUCUCUCUAUACUUCCGCGACAUAGUCACUCCUCUUCGCGUUGAAGCAGCGUGGCGAACGGAAAACGCUUUAUCUUUGCUGCAUUUGCAAGUGGAGCGCGCUGUGUAUCGUUUGUGCGUCAUUGCUGCUGGAGCUGCUGCAACAACAGCAACGUCAGCAGCAGCAACAGUAGCAGCAGCGCUGCCUGAAACUUCAAAUUUGCGCAGUUUAUACAGUAGACUGAUGAAGGAAAUGCAAAGGGACCGCCUCGUCCCCCUCUCCUUUGGGAUCAAUCAGGAGAGGCCAGAAUAUGCAGAGAUCUUGUAUAACUUAUCCCUUCUAGAAUUCAAGCGAACAGUUAUUUUUACUGCGACCAAGCGCCAACUGGGUAUUGUCACCAAGGAGAUACUGAAGAGCAUGAGGACACGGAGCAGAGCCGCAGCAACAGCGUCAAGAUUACUUUCUCUCAUACCUGAGUCAAUUCUUGCUUGGCAGCGCUACGCCCCAGAAGAGACUACCGCUUUAAGAGUAAUAAGGGAGGUAGUUGAGAAGGAAAUAGAUAUCAUAAACACUCCGAAAAGAAGUGGACUGAUUUCCUUUUGGAUAAGCACAAACGGUCCAUUCGUUCGCUCAAAAGAGACAAACAGCCGAGCAGGGAUAUUAGUGAUGAAGCAAAUACAGAUGUACCCCAAAACAACUGCAGCUCACUUCAACAGACAUUUCACGGAAGUCCUUAGGAGCAGUUCUCUGGCUCCGGGUUGCGAGAGAUACUCUGCGAUUUUGAAGCGGCAAGAAGCAGACGGUACAUUCACACCAGUCGACCCGACAGAGCAAUUGCUCGGGGGUGAUGAACAAAAAGACAAAUUUAGGCUCUUUGCUGUGCCGCCAGAGACAGGCUCUAACCGUAGACUCCUAAACAACUGCUUCUUGUGGACGGCCCCGUUUUUGUCGCCGGAUCCUUUUGUUGUCCCUGCCCCUGGUCCAGCGGCCGAUCAAGUAGUAAUAGACAUGCCUUACUAG